GUCAGAUUUGCAGAAGUUUUGAAACAGUUUGGGGAGAAAGGACACGAUGAAGAAGCUGCAGCCCGUGAUCAUGCAGCUGCCUCUGAUCUGAGUAAUGAUCUACCGCAACAAGAAGUUCUACAAGAUGAUGAUCCAAUACCUUCCACUCCUAAAUUUGGACCUGCAGCGGGCACUCCUACAUCUUCUUCUAAAAGGAGAGGCUUCGGGGGUUUUGGCGGUGGGGGCCCAGGUCGUGGGCAACGCAGUGGGAG